AUGAUCUCGCGAGCAGUUGGGGUCCAGGCCGAGUAUAGCAACGCAGUUGAAAAGGCUACAGGGGGUCAAGCACCUGAGCGUGGGUGGAAUCUGAAGUGGCAAGCUCCAGGGGCUGGGAGGUUAAAGCUAAACACUGAUGCUGCGUUUAGGGAGAAUGAUAAGCUGGGCAUGGGGGCGGUUUUGCGGGAUGAAUGUGGUGAUGUCCUGGUGGCAGUGUGCAAUAGUUGGCAUGGUAGAUGUGAAGUUGAGGUGGGAGAGGCUAUGGCAGUGAGAGAAGGGAUUCGGGUGGCGAUGGAGGCUGGGUUCCAUGGCUUCAUCGUGGAAACAGAUUGUAUGACGCUGUUUGAAGCCUUGAAGAGAAAACGAAGACCUGCUUCUGUGUUGGGUCGUAUUCUUCAAGAUAUUUAUGUGUUAAUUUCUAGCUGCACUAAUGUAACUUUUAGCUUUGUUAGAAGGAGUGGCAAUGAGGUGGCUCACCUGCUAGCCAAACGAAGCUUGGAGAGUGAUGAGCUUCUUGUUUGGCUGGAGGAAGCCCCCGAAUUUGUAAUGCCUAGCGUGGCGUUGGAUGUUUCUGGUUAA